AUGACAAAAUUUAGAGGUUGCAUUGACAUCCAUUCGGGUCAAGUUAAACAAAUAGUAGGAGGAUCAUUAACACUCAACGAAAAUGACAACUUAACUAAAGAAAACUUUGUAUCAACAAAACCAUCAUCAUAUUAUGCACAACUAUAUAAAGAUAAUAACCUAAAGGGUUGUCAUGUUAUAAAACUUGGAACAAGUACAGCAAACGACGAAGCCGCAGAAUUGGCUUGUAAAACAUGGCCUAAUGAAUUACAAGUUGGUGGUGGUGUCAAUUUGGAAAAUGCUCAAGCUUGGCUAGAUAAAGGUGCUUCACAAAUUAUCAUUACUAGUUGGUUAUUUUCAGAUAAAAACGGAACUAUGGAAUUGGAUUUUGAAAAAUUGGCAAAGAUCAGUGAAAAAGUAGGGAAAGAUAAAUUAGUGGUAGAUCUAAGUUGUAGAAAAGUCAAGGAAAAUGAAUGGUUUGUGGCUAUGAAUAAAUGGCAAACUAUAACAGGUAACAAAUUAAGUAAAGAAUUUAUAUCAAAAGUUAGUGAGUAUUGUAAUGAACUACUAAUCCAUGCUGCUGAUGUUGAAGGUUUAUGUAAUGGAAUAGAUGAGAAAUUAGUUCAAAAAUUAGGUGAAUGGUGUCCUGAAAAUUGUAGCAUAGUCUAUGCGGGUGGUGCAAAGUCAAUAAAUGAUUUAGAAUUAGUCAAAGAAUUGAGCAACGGUAAAGUUGAUUUAACAUUCGGAAGUGCUCUUGAUAUUUUUGGUGGGAAACUAGUUAAAUUUGAAGAAUUAAUAAAUUGGAACAAUAAUAGUAAUUAG